CGUUUGGGAUCGGGUUUCGGGUCGAGAAAAGGUCCGGGCCAGGAGGAUUAAGAGAAAAGAGGGUCAAAUUUUGAAAUUUUUCGAUUCUAGUCGAGAAAAGUUCGGAAAGUUGCGAAAGUUUUUUUUUUCAAAAGUAACCAUCAAAAGUCAGAAAAGUCCGUGACAUCCCCGGUGUAUAUGUGUUUGUAUUUUUCCGUAAUUUAUAUUUUGGCAGAUUUCGGUGGUUGGUAUUUCAGCGCGCUCCGGAACUCCUUAUUUUUUUUUUAAUUUUUAAUGUCAAAAAUUUUUAAGAUCUCAAAAGACCUACAUUUGUCAAAUUAUUUGUUGCUUCUCCAAUUUCUUCUAAUUGUUCAGUAUAUUCUAAUAGACAAACAACGAAAAUAAAUAAAAUUAAACAACAAUUUUCAAAAAUAAAAUUACAAGGAAAACAACAAUAUAUUUUUGGCUUCAACAACAUUUGGUUGAAAAAAAAGAAUGGCUUGUUCAGCAAUUUUCUUUUUGGAUAUGAAGGGAAAGGUAUUAAUUUCUCGAAAUUAUCGUGGAGAUGUUGACUUGACAAUUAUUGAAAAAUUUAUUCCUUUUCUUGUGGAUAUGGAAGAGGAAGGAAAAUUGACUCCUAUUGUGGAUGUAGCUGAUGCUAUUUUUGUGUUUAUUAAAUAUAAUAAUGUUUAUGUUGUCGCUGUUUCUGACCAUAAUGUUAAUGUAGGUUUUCAAGUUUUUUUGCAUUGGGGUUUUUUGUAUGGCGGAUAUUUGGGAGCGCUUAUAGGGAUUGAUUUUUGAGUUCCAAAAAGAAUUCCAAGAAAACUCUUCAAGUAAUUUUCCAAGAAAUUUCGGGGAAAAAAAUUUUCGAAAUUUUUUUU